AUGAUCUCAGCUUCAGGCAUCAAGCCCUUGCUUGAAGAAAGAGCUCCCUGGUUGGACGCCGAGAACUACACCGCUGCGGCACAAGUCUUCCCCAUGCGAGCCAACAACUACGUCGUCGAUCAGCUCAUCGACUGGCAACAAGUACCCAACGAUCCCAUUUUCCGUCUGGUGUUUCCGCAACCGGAGAUGCUCGAGCCAGAGCAGUUAGAUCGAAUCAAGCUAGCCUUGCGAGCCAAAGCUAGCGGUCCCGUACUGCGAAGUUUGGCCGAACAAAUUCGUCAGACUCUUAACCCACAUCCAAGCAAUCAAAAGACCGAGAAUGUUCCUGUCGACUUGGCCACCGGCGCAACCUUGGCAGGCGUUCAACACAAGUAUCGCGAAACAGUCUUGUUCUUCCCUAUGGAAGGACAGUUCUGUCAUAGCUUCUGCACAUACUGUUUUCGUUGGGCCCAAUUCACCGCUGUUGGUUCAGGUCAAGGUUUCCAAUCCAAGGAUGUUGAGAAGCUCACAAACCAUCUUGCAGCCAGUCCGGAUGUUAGUGAUCUGCUCUUCACCGGAGGAGAUCCGAUGGUGAUGAAGACUCAUCAUUGGGAAAACUAUCUUGAUCCUAUUCUGAAUGAUCCUCGUCUUGGCCAUAUUGCAACCAUUCGUAUCGGGACAAAGUCGCUCGCCUAUUGGCCGGAACGGUUUGUAAACGAUGCAGAUGCAGCCUCGACUCUCGAUCUCUUCCGUAGAGUCAUACAGAGUGGACGUCAAGUGUCCAUCAUGGCGCAUUUCAGUCACGCGGUCGAGCUGGAGACUCCUCUCGUUCGAGAGGCUAUUCGACGUAUUCGUGCUACAGGUGCUCAAAUUCGUUGCCAGGCACCUUUGAUUCGUGGUAUCAACGAUGAUCCCGCAGUCUGGUCAAAGAUGUGGCGAACUCAGACGCAGCUAGGCUUGAUUCCGUACUACAUGUUUGUGGAGAGAGACACUGGAGCAAAACACUUCUUCGAAGUUCCUUUGGAGAAGGCUUUCGACAUCUACAAACAAGCUUCUUCGAGCGUAGCUGGAACGGCCAGGACGGCUAACGGCCCUUCGAUGUCUGCAUCUCCUGGCAAGAUCCAAGUGGUUGGUAUCUGCGAGCUGCCAUCGCCUACGCCAGGUGCCGGCGCUACCCGCCCGGGUCAUGAAAAGGUGUUUGUCCUUCGCUUCUUGCAAGGUCGAAAUCCAGACUGGUGCCGUGAGACCAUCUUUGCUCGCUUCGACCCAAAAGCAAGCUGGUUUGACGAGCUCAAGCCUGCAUUUGGUGAGGCACGGUGGUUCUUCGAGCAGGAGUACAACGAGCUACGAUCCACUUCGGCUGAACUUGGUUCAAGUGGACAGAGGUUUGCGACUUCGUUUGCCGGCCGUGACAGGGCUGGCAUUGCAGCAUCUGCUGUAGGGAUUGGAGCUCAGAGCAAAUCGAUGGCUGCUAUGUCGUCUCAAUAG